CCAAAAGAAAAAGAAAAAAAAGAAAGAAAGAAAGAACGAAAAAGAAAAUUCAAAGAAGAAUGGAUUUCUACAAAAAAAAAAUUGGGUUUUCUCCCAACGUGAUCGCGAAAGAGCCAUGAAAUUUCUUCUCCCCCUAUAAAUUCCCAUUUCCCGAUCCAUUCCUUCAUUUCCGCUUUUAGAAUUCUCAUCUUCUCUCUCUCUGCGAUUUCCAUCUCUUCUGUUUAAAACCCCAGAUUCCUAGAAUUCUCCUGAAAUCCUCGAUUUCCAGCUGAACUCGAUCGAUUGUUUCGAAGAUUUCGCCGGUUUCGAUUCGAGAUCUCUCCGUUCCUGAUUCCAUCUGGAUUUUUCCGAUCCGGAGUCCUAGAUUUCUUGGAUUUUUUUAUUUUUAUAUUUUUUGUGAGAUUAGGGAUUUUGUAUUUGAUUAUCUAGAUAUUCUUGUGCUUUUGAUGUGUGGAGACUGAGAAAAGUCGUCGAUUGGAUUAGAAGCUCUUCGUGGAAUUUAUCUGUGAUUUCCAAGGUCUGGGCUGCUUUGUUUCUUUCUCUCCACGAUUGGUGUGAUUUUCCUUGAAUGAGGCAGAGUUUGUAGAGGUCAGGGGUUCGUGCUUCGUUUCAUGGGCAAUACAUGCCGCGGAUCUUUGACAGGAAAAUAUUUUGAAGGCUACACCGAGCCAAUCGACCGAUCAGCGCAUUCUAGGCGGACUGGUUCCAAUUACUCAAAUUCCGAUAACUCCGCUCACAGUGUGGGUUCUCAGUUGAUUCCCGUAAAUAGCAAUAAGGAAUCUGUGAAGGACGAGGGCAAGAAUCUCCCAUCUCUCAUUAAUCCGAAAGCGAACAGCAUGAGGCGAGGGGGUGAUAGCCAGGCUUAUUAUGUGCUCGGUCACAAGACAGCAAAUAUUCGCGAUCUUUAUACCUUGGGCCGUAAGCUGGGGCAGGGGCAGUUUGGAACAACAUAUUUGUGUACGGAGAUCUCAACGGGGAUUGAGUACGCAUGUAAGUCAAUCUCAAAGAGGAAGUUGAUUGCAAAGGAAGAUGUAGAGGAUGUCAGGAGGGAAAUUCAGAUAAUGCACCAUCUUUCAGGUCAUAAGAAUGUGGUGACCAUAAAGGGUGCUUACGAAGAUCCGUUGUAUGUUCACAUUGUGAUGGAGUUGUGUGCAGGGGGUGAAUUGUUUGACAGGAUCAUUCAGAGAGGGCAUUACAGUGAGAGGAAGGCAGCUGAGCUGACUAGGAUUAUUGUGGGGGUAGUUGAAGCUUGUCAUUCCCUCGGGGUCAUGCAUAGGGAUUUGAAGCCUGAGAAUUUCUUAUUGGUUAAUAAAGAUGAUGACUCUUCACUCAAAGCCAUCGAUUUUGGGCUCUCGGUUUUCUUCAAACCAGGUCAGGUAUUCACGGAUGUCGUUGGCAGCCCAUAUUAUGUUGCCCCUGAGGUACUAUGCAAACAUUAUGGGCCUGAAGCAGAUGUUUGGACUGCAGGGGUUAUACUAUACAUAUUGCUAAGUGGUGUACCACCUUUUUGGGCUGAAACACAGCAAGGGAUAUUUGAUGCGGUCUUGAAGGGAGCUAUUGAUUUUGAGUCAGACCCAUGGCCCUUGAUCUCUGAUAGUGCGAAGGAUCUUAUCACAAAGAUGCUUUGUUCCCGUCCUUCAGAUCGCCUAACUGCCCAUGAAGUGUUAUGUCAUCCUUGGAUAUGUGAAAAUGGAGUUGCUCCCGACAGAGCAUUGGAUCCAGCUGUACUAUCUCGCCUUAAACAGUUCUCCGCAAUGAAUAAACUGAAGAAGAUGGCUUUGCGGGUAAUAGCUGAAAGCCUUUCAGAGGAGGAGAUAGCUGGUUUAAGAGAGAUGUUUACAGCAAUGGAUACAGACAGCAGUGGCGCCAUCACAUUUGAUGAAUUGAAAGCUGGCCUGAGGAGAUAUGGUUCAACUUUGAAGGAGUCAGAGAUCCGUGCUCUUAUGGAUGCAGCCGAUGUGGACAACAGUGGAACCAUCGACUAUUUAGAAUUUAUUGCUGCAACGGUUCAUCUAAACAAACUUGAACGUGAGGAACAUCUGGUUGCAGCAUUUUCAUAUUUUGAUAGGGAUUGUAGUGGUUAUAUCACGGUUGAUGAGCUCCAGCAAGCUUGUAAAGAGCACAACAUGACCGAUGUCCUUAUUGAGGACAUCAUUAAAGAGGUUGAUCAAGACAAUGAUGGUCGGAUUGAUUACGGGGAGUUUGUUGCAAUGAUGCAAAAGGGCAAUGCUGGAAUUGGAAGACGAACCAUGCGGAAUCUGAAUAUGAGUAUGAGAGAUGCACCGGGAGCCCUAUGAGUUUUGACCACGCAUGUUGUGUACAGGCAUUGGAUCAGCUCCCUUAAUCGAAGACUUGAGGACAUGAGAUGGGAGGGGAAAAAAGAAAGAAGAAGCCUAAACCUUGCUAGCUUCAGUAAUGUCUAGAAACAGUUAUUGUAGUGGAUGUCAAUGAAGUCAAGGUACCAUCAUAUAGUGAGUGGCUUGCUAGCCCCGCACGCACCUCAGCAUGCUGCAUCUGUGCCAACCUAGCAAGUGUGUGGAACAUCUGAGAACAUAAGAUAGCCCCUACUUUGAAGAUGACCCCUCCCCAACAAUUGCAUUGAUCCACUCAUCAGGUGGGCUGUGCAUACAAAAAGAUUGAACAGUUUAGAAAGAGCUUGCCAACAGUCAACAUUCGCUGUACACAUACCCACCCGAUGAGUGGACCUCUGCCCUCCCUCCCCUCCCUUUC